GGCUGGUACUCUUCCGUGUUGAUGUCAGUGGGGAAGGAAGGCUUGAGGUGAGCGUAUGGGUACUGCUUGUCAGCCUCGGUGUCGUCAGCGGAGAAGGGGUUGUGGUAAGGAUUGAAGUCCUUGAUCGUGGAGCUCUUCUUUGCUGCAGUGGCGGUAGUGUCUGUCGUGAAAGUUGUGACUUGGCUCACGGGCUUGGUGGCGAGGUAAGUCUGACCCUCGGGGGAGUAGCGUGGGGGCGGUGAUGUCGAUACUUGGGCCAUGACUGCCAAGAGACGAGCUCAAAGAUACGGACGAGGAGUAUACGAUGUUGUAUGAAUGGGGAAAGGAGCUAUACUUGGACCAGCCACCACUGUUGGCUUUCUUAUACCUCCAGCUGUCCCCUUCCAUACGCCAUCCAUCGGCCUCUGGUCAUCUCGGCCCGCCCAUGAGGGCCACCAGGAUCGACUGGGCGGGCUGAGCGUCGUGCUAUGGUGCCAUAUCCCCGUGCAAAGUGGUGAGUGGAGUCCGAGGCCCGACAGGCAGCAAUGGCGAGCGGAGGCCCCAGCGCGUCGUGAUCGCACGCCAUCUCGCUUGCCUAUCACGCCAUUCCUCCCGCGCCUGGCGUCCACUUCGGACCUAAAAAGUCGGCCCGGAGGAUACGCUCAAAAGGGAGGCUGCUGGGAGCUCGAGGGAGCUCGUGAGCUCAGAAGCUAUUUCGGCCAGAAUUGGCUACACUCAAGCCCCUUGUUUCUGAUCACUCUCCCGCUUGACCUUGCCUUGGCAGCGGCGCACAUCACGCCGCUCGUAGGUUCGGUUGGAGGCAGCGGUCCAAGCAACGAGCAAUGCAUGGUUCGAGAUAUCUAUGGACCUGACCACUUGCUCUCAAGUAUAGCAUAGGGCGCCUCCCUCUAUUCAUUAUCGUCAAGUGGAUUGAGCUAGAUGCUACAGAGUCGUGCAGGUAUCAGGG